AUGUGACCUUAAAAUUGCAUGCAGUGGGAUGUCUGUCAAGUACUCUCGCUUUUCCAAGUCGUCAUCGUCGUGACCAAAGACGUCAGCGCGUUUCUUGUGAUUGUGAAAGUUUCUUUCAAGUAUAUUAUGUGAUACGUGCAUGCAGUAACAGAUGUGUUCUCGCAUAAAGCUGGAAAGUUUACUCGCACUUAUAUACGUACAUUGUCGUCAUCACCAGUGCUUUGCACGACUGUCGGAUAUCUAAUUUGACAAACAGCGAUUAAUUGCAAGGAGACUCACAAUGCGGUGGAAACCUAGAGGUUUGACGAGCUACGACGUAGCGACAAUGCUCAGCCUUUUGGCUCUGGUGAGUUGCCAACGUGAUGCGGUACGCCGCAAGCAGAUGGGAGACAAUGGGAGAUCUAGCGGUGUUGGUGGCGACGUGAUGCCUACCGAUCCUACGCCAGAGCCUGAACCGAGUAGCAAAGCAAUGGCGACGCUUUUUAAUAAGUUACCGCAACCUACAAUGCCGUCAAUAAUUGUUAGAGGAACAUUCCCGACACGCAUGAAAAUGGCCACCAUUUUCGUAGAGGAUAAUCCCAACAUUGUAACAAGGAGGAUAGGCGAAAAGGGCAUCAUUUUCGCUGAGACAACGACGCAAAAAGAUGACAUCUUUACGUUAUUGCCGACUCUCAGUCCUAACCAGGAAACUAAUGCCGGCACAGGUCCCGGCUCCGUAGUGGGCACCGUGUCUAAUAAACCAGAGAGUACAACGUCAACAGAAUCAUCGAGGGGGACCGUAGCAACUGAGCCAGCAGGUGGAACGAUGUCAACGUCACUAGUCAGCGAAAAACCCAAAGGAGAUGGUGGCGAUGUAACACCUACCGAUCCUACGCCAGAACCUGAGCCGAGUAGCAAAGCAAUGGCGACGCUUUUCAAUAAGUUAUCGCAACCAACAAUGCCAUCGAUCGUAGUUAGAGGAACCUUCCCAACACGCAUGAAAAUGGCCACCAUUUUCGUAGAGGAUAAUCCCAACAUUACAACAAGGAGGAUAGGCGAAAAGGGCAUCAUUUUUGCUGAGACAACGACGCAAAAAGAUAACAUCUUCACGUUAUUGCCAACUCUCAGUCCUAAUCAGGAAAAUGUUACGGGGACGGAUCCCGGCUCACUGGUGGGUGUCACGUCUAAUAACCCCGAGGUUACAAUGUCAACGCAGCCUUCAGGUGGAACAAUGUCAACUCAACCAUCUGGUGGAACAAUGUCAACCCAACCAUCAGGUGGAACAAUGUCAACUCAACCAUCAGAUGGAACAAUGUCAACCCAACCAUCAGAUGGAACAAUGUCAACCCAACCAUCAGGUGGAACAAUGUCAACUCAACCAUCUGGUGGAACAAUGUCAACCCAACCAUCUGGUGGAACAAUGUCAACUCAACCAUCAGGUGGAACAAUGUCAACUCAACCAUCAGAUGGAACAAUGUCAACCCAACCAUCAAGUGGAACAAUGUCAACUCAACCAUCAGAUGGAACAGAUGUCAACCCCAUACCGUCAGGAAUGGGACAAUGUGCAACCCAAGCCGGUUAA